UUGUAUUCAUUGUAUCAUAAGGUCAGAUGGCCGUGAUCUUGACGUUUCCACUCUGUCACCUGUCACUGCAUUUGCCGAUUUGAAGACAUGGGAAAUGUUCAGGCAGCUUAUUCGGCUCCCCCGCCGCCCCAAGCUCCAGGAGCGGUUUUCACCGCGGAGAAAGCUGCCGAGGUGAAGAGCCCAACAAAUGGAGCCCCAGAAAAUCCUGGCCCUUUGGAGGAUAUCCACACAAAGUGCAAAAGUGUAUUUCCCACGUGCUUUGAAGGGGCCCGGAUAAUGCUCACUAGAGGUCUGAGCAACCAUUUUCAAAUAUCGCACAGUCUGAACAUGAGCUCUGUAACUCCUAGUGGGUACAGGUUUGGAGCCACCUAUGUAGGCACAAAACAAAUCUCGCCCAAUGAAUCUUUCCCAAUUUUGCUCGGGGAUAUCGACCCUACGGGCAACCUGAACGCGACUAUUGUACAUCAGUUACAACCUCAGCUGCAGGCCAAGUUUGGAGCCCAAGUGCAAAACUCCAAAUUUCAAGUGGGACAAUUGACGUUGAACUACAGGGGCAAUGACUAUACGGCCAGCUUGACGAUGGCCAAUCCAGAUAUUAUUAAUAGUACUGGAGUGGUGGUUUUGCACUAUUUGCAGGCUGUUACACCCCGACUUGCUCUGGGGUCCGAACUGGCUUACCAGAAGGGUCCCAACCUACCCGGUGGGGAAAUUGCGCUGCUCAGUGCAGCAGCAAAGUACUCCACUGAAAACUAUCAGAUAUCCGGUACCCUAGGAUUAUCAGGUGUGCAUUUAUGUUAUUACCAAAAAGCCAGCAAACAGCUGCAGAUCGGAGUGGAAUUGGAAACGAACAACCGAACUCAGGAAUCGGUAGCCUCAAUCGCGUACCAAGUGGAUCUGCCUAGGAGUGAGAUGGUUUUUAAAGGUCACAUAGACUCGAAUUGGUCGGUAGGUGCUGUGCUAGAAAAGAAACUCAGUCCUCUGCCUUUCAACCUGGCCCUUAGCGGACUUAUGAAUCACCAGAAGAACAAUUUUAGACUCGGAGUGGGUGUUCUGAUAGGUUAGGGGCACACGUUGAUGCAAAGGCUUGCGAGGCAAACGAAUGUCUGGAUGUUGAUUAAAGUUGUUUUCCAAAUUA